AUGAGAUCAAUUUCAUAUUAUUUUUUGAGAGGUGAAACGACCGUUCGUAAUAUCAUAGAAACUACAUCCAAAGCCCUAUGGGAAGUUUUACAGCCUCUAUACAUGCCUAUACCUAAUCAAAUAAUGUGGAAAACUAUUGCUGAUCGAUAUAAUGAGCUAUGGAAUUUGCCAAACUGUGUUGGUAGUAUAGAUGGCAAGCACAUACGAAUUAAGGCACCAGUAAAUUCAGGAUCGUCAUUUUUCAAUUACAAAGGAUAUUUCUCAAUUGUUUUAAUGGCUACAGCAGACGCUGAUGGAAAGUUUAUCACUAUUGAUGUAGGAGAAUAUGGUCGGAGCAGCGACUCAAAAGUUCUUAAAGAAUCUGCAUUUGGUCAAUUAUUAUUUUAA